UGUCCUGACAAAUAACCUCUCGGGGGGGAAGAAUCACGUCAGACUGCUGUCCUCCCUACAGUCAUAAUGGCGGACAAAGAAAAGUCAACUGAUUUCGGUGGCUCAUUUCACAAACUGAUAAGUGAAGAGGACACAGAUGAGCACGCUCUUCACUUAAAUCAAGAGAAGCAACAAGUGUCCAUGUCUAUGGUGACAACUGGAUCCGGUUUAAAUCAUUACAAAGUGCUUGCAGUGAGCCUGGCAGUGCUCUCUGUCAUUCUUCUAGCCACUGAUAUUGGCCUGGCAGUGUAUUACAGCAGACUUGCUGGGCAGAGAACAAUAGCAGACAUCAGCAGUGAGCUGGCCAAACUACAGGCACAAUACGACACUGUGAUCCAGAACAGGGAUGAAGUCAGGAAGCAACUGGAGAGAGAAAUCAGAGAGCAACUGGACACCAAGUGGCAGCUUGUACAUCAGAUGAGGAGAUCCAAAGACUAUGAGAAGCAGUGCGACAAGAUUCAAACAGAAAUUGUCGCGUUGAAAUCCAGCUUACUGAUGAUGGAGGAGGGUUGCAGACACUGUCUCCCCGGAUGGUUUUACAUAGACUCAGCGUGUUACUUCAUCUCUGCGUCUGACAGUUUGUCAAGUAGAACAUGGAGUGGUGCGAGACAGUUCUGCAAGAGGUACGGAGGCGACUUGGCUGUGAUCGACAACUCUGAGAAAAAUCGAGCACUGGUUGACUUGACAAAGCCCCACCAUAUCAUCACAGCAAACAUAAACGAUAAUGGCUUCUGGAUUGGACUGAGUGAUGAAGAUGUGGAAGGGGAUUGGAAAUGGGUGAAUGGACAAAGACUGACUGAGGGGUUCUGGAAUAAUGGGGAGCCCAAUAAUUGGCGUGACUUGGAGGACUGUGUAACGGUAUAUAACAACAAGAACCCCUUUUUGUCCUGGAAUGAUAUGCCAUGCUCUUCUCACCUGAGAUGGAUUUGUGAAAAGGAACCAAGAUCUGCAAGUUAGUGUUUGUUUAGGUUUAGCUGUAGUCAAGUUCUUUUACAAAAUCAUGUAAUACACAUUUCCUGAAUUGUUUUAUUGUCAAGUCUUAUGUCCACAAAAUAGCAAGGCAGAUAAAAGUAUCUUAAUCUUUCCUAUGUACACACGUUUUGCUACAUUACAGAUAUUUACAUCAGUGUUAUCACUUUAUCAAACAACAAGUCAUAUAAUGUGUCUGUAUAAUGUAUAUGGACAUAUAGUCUUUCAGUAAAAGGCCUAGUUGUACGCAUCAUUGUUGUAUACUUAGAAACUGGCAAUUUUGUUCAUAUGUGCAAUUUUAUAAAUAAACACAAACCAAAACGGUG